AUGGUCCUCAAGGAGCUUCAGCCCAAACUGGAUCUCCAUGUUAUUCCUAUUUGGGAAAAAGGAAUUACAGGCAAAGGUGUUGUCAUUACAGUACUAGAUGAUGGGUUGGAGUGGAACUCUUCCAUCUAUGCUAACUAUGAUCCAAAGGCAAGUUAUGAUUUCAAUGACAACGAUCACGAUCCCUUUCCUAGAUAUGACACAAAAACCAAAAACAAAUGAGUAAUCUCCCAACAUGGCACACGGUGUGCAGGAGAAAUUGCCAUGCAAGCCAACAAUAGAAAAUGUGGAGUUGGAGUAGCCUACAAUUCCAGAGUUAGAGGUAUACGUAUGCUGGAUGGAAUAGUCACUGAUGCCAUUGAAGCCAGUUCAAUUGGUUUCAAUCCAGAACAUGUGGAUAUUUACAGCGCAAGCUGGGGCCCUAAUGAUGAUGGUAAAACUGUAGAGGGACCUGGCAGACUGGCACAGAAGGCUUUUGAGUAUGGGAUAAAACAGAGCCAAAAUGGAAAAGGCUCCAUUUUUGUAUGGGCUUCUGGCAAUGGAGGUCAUUAGGGUGACAAUUGUGACUGUGAUGGUUACACUGAUAGUAUCUACACUAUCUCCAUUAGCAGUGCUUCUCAGCAAGGCCUUUCUCCCUGGUAUGCAGAGAAGUGCUCUUCAACUCUGGCCAUAGCAUAAAGCAGUGGGGAUUAUACUGACCAAAGAAUUAAAAGUGCUGAUGUUCACAAUGAAUGUACAGAGAUUCACACUGGGACCUCUGCAUCUGCACCGCUUGCAGCAGAAAUUUUUGCUCUAGCUCUGGAAGCAAAGAUCCCAAAUCUAACCUGGAAGGAUAUGCAGCACUUGGUAGUCUGGACUUCAGAAUAUGAUCCACUGGCUAGCAAUCCAGGAUGGAAAAAUAAUGGAGCAGGACUGAUGGUAAACAGUCGAUUUGGGUUUGGAUUACUCAAUGCCAAUGCACUGGUGGAUUUAGCUGAUCCUAAAACAUGGAAAGGAGUACCGGAAAAGGUCAAGUGUGUCCUGAAGGAUAGUAUUUUUUUUGCCAGAUUAUUAAGAGCAAAUGAGGAGGUCAUCAUUGAAAUUCCCACAAAAGCCUGCAACGGUCAAGAAAACUCCAUUGCAUCUCUGGAGCAUGUGCAACUUGAGGCAACAAUUGAAUAUUCCCGUAGAGGUGAUCUUCAUGUCACUCUGUUAUCUCUAUCAGGGACCAGCACUAUCUUACUGGCUGAGAGAGAGAGAGAUAAGUCUCCCAAUGGCUUUAAGAACUGGGACUUCAUGUCUGUUCACACAUGGGGACAGAAUCCAAGAGGCACCUGGGUUUUAAGAAUUACUGAUGUGUCCAGAAGAAUACAAAAUGAGGGGAGGAUUAUAAACUGGAAAUUGAUUUUGCACAGCACUGCUACCCAACCUGAACAUAUGAAGCAACCACAUGUAUACACAUCCUACAGUGCUGUGCAAAAUGACAGAAGACCAGUGGAAAAGAUGACAGACAUUGUAAAGCACCAUACCGCACAGGGGUACCUGAAUGAAAAACCCAAGGUCACAGAAGAUAUCAGUAGUAGCAGUGACAAAGCAGAAGAUAAAAUCCCAUCAGAGGCUAUCCUACAAUUAUUGCAAAGUGCUUUUAGGAGACAGAUGGCUAAGAAGCGACUGGCAAAGACGACUGCAAGUGAGAUUAAUAUUCCACAUGAACACUUCUAUCAAGCCCUUGAAAAAUUAAAGAAGCCAUCCCAGUUAAAAGACUCAGAAGAAAGUCUGUACAGUGACUACAUUGAUCUUUUUUACAAUGCCAAGCCAUACAAGCAUAGAGAUGAUAAACUGCUGCAAGCCUUGGUUGAUAUUAUGUAUGAAGGAAACUAA